CAGCAAUGUUUGAAAAAGUUUGUUGACAACGGUUUUCCGUGCAUUGAUUUUGUUGAUUUGAUCGUGUUAAUCAUUAAUAAAAGAGAAUUUGAUUGAUUUAUUCGGCUUUGAGGAUUUGUAAUGCUUUAAAAUUGCGUUUUCAAAAUGCCGAAAUCAAGAAUUCCGUCGCCCGCGCGUUCCCAAAGCGCUGUGGUGACUCCACGGCGCUAUAAGCCCCGAGGGCCGCGCAGUGUGGGGUCUCCUGCUCGGUCCAACACCUCGGUCAGGUUGACGACCGUAAUCCAAAACUUUAAGGAGAAAAACAUGGACUCUUUUCGUUUAUCUCCAUUGACAAGCAGACGCUCAGUGCUGAAUGAUAACACUGAUAUUGAGGAUCCUAAACGUAACAGUUGGUGGAAGAAGCUAAAUGACACGUCUAGAGAUAUAAUGGAGGUUUUAGAAAAUGAGAAACAAGAUGAGCCUUAUAAUGUUAUGGAGGAAUACAUGGAUGUCGAGGUUUUGAGCCAAGAGAAGAAGGACAAGACACUCAAUUUACCAGAUAGUAGUGACAACGAGUCAAUCAGUAGCAUUGUUAUCCCACAGCGUAAAUUGUUCACACAGAAAGAAAAUCAUCCACAAAAUAAGUUUGCUCAACUCCUUGGAACCAGGGAUAAUAUGGCUGAACUUGACAAAACUGGUGCAGAACCUGAUAAAAGUGAAAAAACGAUUGUAGCUGGUACCAAAAAGUUGUUUGGUCACAGUUCAAAGGCAAGAUCCAAGCCAGCAUUUCCCACAGAACUGCUUAGGUUUUCUCCGGAUAAAACAGUUAACAAAACUGCUGGAGAAGUUAAAGGACAAGUCAGGAACUUGUUUGGCAACAGAGCAGGUGUGAAAAGAAAGAACAAGUUUGCUGAUUUUAUUGCUUCGGAAAGUGAAGAUGAACCUGAGAUUCAACCUAAAGUGUUUGGAUUCCAAAAAAAACUUGACGUACCAAGUAGAAGAGUCAGUACUACUUCUAAGGGUACAAGAGAUCCUUCGCCAACAUCGAGUGUAACUACUGACAUUGAUAUGGAUGAUUGGAAACUUCUACCAUCUUCAACAAUGGUUCAAAAUCAACUUGAAGCUAUGAUGACCGACUCGCCAGCAAAGAAAGCUAGACUUAGCAAAUUAUCUGAAGGAAAAGAGUCAGAGGCCACUAAUAGUACCGCUGCAGUUAACAAAACCAAACAGUCAAAUAAAUCAGUUACUUCUAAAAAUAAAUCUAAAUUGUCAAAAUCAAAUAAUUCUAUGAAUAAAUCUAAACGCAAUAAAAAUUUACAAAAAUCUACCAUGAAUGAAGAGGUUGUGUACCAAACUGAUGCUGAAGACUACCAAGUGCAGGCUACUAACGGCAUGGCUGUAGUAAACAAGACCACACAAUCAAACAUUUCUUUGAAUAAAUCUAAGUCGAAAGUCAGUAGAAGUUUACAAAAAUCUGCUGUGAAUGACGAGGCUGUGUACCAAAAUGGCAAACAGGACGACCAGGAGAAAACUACUAACAUUAAGAAUGCUAAACAGGCUGAUAAGUCUGUUAAUUCUAAAAAUAAAUCUUUAUUGUCGAAAUCGAACAGUUCUUUAAAUAAAUCGAAAGUCACUAAAAACUUACAUAAAUCUGCUGUGAAUGGCCAGGAUGGGUCCCAAAAUGACCAGGAAGAUGGCCAAGUGAAGGAGUUAGAUGAAAUGGAAGGAAUAAGAUUAGCUCUCGCUAACAGUGAUGAAGAGCCUAUUGAGGCAAAUUACGAAAAACAAAGCGUAGAUAAUUCAAGUGAAAAUAUUCUUCCCAAAAAUGUAGUAGAUAUAGAUAAUAGUCAAGAAAAUACAGGUAAAAUUCCAAAUGAUGCUGAUGCAAAGAUAGUAAAUGAAUCAGAAGAGAAAAAUUAUAGCGAAGGAGAAAGAUGGGACAAUAAUCAAAUCAGUGAGGACGAAAAAGAGAAGUCUGAAACUGAGGAAGAAAAAGAAGUUCAAGAUAUGAAGAAAGAAAAUUAUAAUCGGGAAUUAAUGGAGCAAAGUCAAGAAAUUGAAAAAACUCAUGAAGAUGACAAAGGUGUAGAUAAUGAAAAAGAUGAUAACGAAGACAUUGAAAUGGACAAAGAAAAUGAAAUUCAAGACCAGAGUCAAAUUGAAAAUGAGAGGGAUGAAGUGCUAGAAUCUGAGGUUGAAGAAGAACAUGAAAACGAAGAACAAGAUGAGAGUCAAGUUGAAAAUGAGAGUGAACAAGAGCAGCAAUCUGAAGAAGAACAUAAAGGCCAAGAGUCUGAAGUUGAAGAACAAGAUGAAAAUCAAGAAAUAAUUAAUGAAGACGUUAAUGAUGGAAACGAUAGACCAAUCGAGAAGAAUAGUGAAGUUAACAGUAUAAAUGGUACGGAAGAGGACACACCUAAUGUAUCGCAUGAUACUACAGGCAGACACAGGAAGAAAAAUGAUACUAAUGUUAAAUCGCCUGAGGCUGUUUUAAGGCAUGACAUAGAACAUCUACAAUCCUUCACUGCUAAAGGCCGUAAUACAAGUGUAAGGAAAACUAGUAUGAUCAAAAAUCUUAAUAUUAGACCUAGUUUAGCGCCACCUAGAGAAAGUACAGGUUUGUCUGAUGGCACUAAAAACUCAAGCGGUGAAGGUUCAGGUUGGGACUCACACAGAACUACUAGAAAAACGCUACGACAAACAUUUGGUCGUGAUUUUACUCCAAGAAAAUCUUUACGGGCCUUAGUCAUGGAGAAAUCGGCUAAACGGCAAACGGCUAUUCAUGAUAUCAAUGAUUUAGACAUGCCAAGAGCUAAUUCAACUGAACUUCCGGAAUCGCCUGCUAGAGAUGAUGCUGUAGAGACAGAUAAUGCUCAUGAGGAUAGGAGUAAUGAUCAAGAAGAACAAGUAAAUGCUCAUAUUGAUGAAAGUACUGAACAAGAAGAAGUAGAACAUUCUCAUAUUGCUGAAAGUGAAGCAGAAGAAGAUAAUACUAAUGAGGUUGGAACUGAUGAACAUGAGGUAGAAAACAAUGAACCUGAGAAUGAAAGUGAAAUUGAGGAAGAAGAUAAUGUUCAUGUCGAGGAAAGUAAUGAUCAUGAAUAUGCAAGUAAUGGUGAUGAGGAAGAAAGUAAUGCUCUUGCGUAUGAAAGUGACGUUCAAGAGGAAGAAAGUAAUGCACACGAAGAAGAUGAUGCUCUAGAGCAACAAAGUAAUGUUCAUGAGGAAAGGGAUGAUGCUGAAGAGGAAGAAAGUACUGCUCUUGAAUAUGAAAGUGAUUCUCACGAGGAUAAAAGUAAUUCUAAUCAAUUUGAAAGUAAUGCUCAACAAUAUGAGAGUAAUGCUCAUCAGUAUGAUAGUAAUUCUCAUGUAGUAGAAGAUAGUCUUGAAGUGGAUGAAAAUAGUGCCAACGACGUAUCAAAGAGAACGCGCCAAACUACACUGGAGAUGUAUUUGCAGAAGAUUAAGAAGCAGAACAUGGAAAACAAGAAGAAACUGGAAGAAGAAGUAAAGAACUCCCUCAAAGCUCCCACCAGAGACAUAUUGAAUCCUUUCAAAGUGCCCAAUAGACCAUUCGUCUUUAAACGCGCCACGAAAUCGGUACACAGCAAACCAAAGACGAAACCCAUCAGGUCUAUGAUUCCUCUAGAAGACUUGCCGAAGGAAUUGAUAGAAGAUAUGAAAUACAAACCGCCUAGAAGGUUCCAGCCGAGCAACGCGUCGUGGAUCACGAAGCGGUUGUACAAGUUUUUGGAGAGCAAAUUGGAGGGCACUUACGACUACAAAGCGAGAAUCCGCGCUGAGAAACUGGUAGAAACGAUAUACAAUUUCGCCAAGGAUUUGCGAAGGCACGACGUAGCGCCGGCGGACGCCGUGGAGGUGUUGAAGCACGAGAUGGCGAGGCUUUGUGUGGUCACCACGCACUUCGAUUUCUACCAGUUCUUCCACGAUUACAUGCCGAGGGAGAUUAGAGUUAAGGUUGUUCCAGACGUGGUCAAUAAAAUCCCGUUACCACGGCAAGGGGUGUUCGCUGAUAUCCUGCGCGGGACCACCGUCCAAGGAUAACUUGUGUUAAGAGUAUUUAAGUUGAUGAAGUGUGUUUCCGUUUAUUAGAAUUAUAUAGUUUAAUUUGAA